UUUAGAAAACAACAUUCUAACGCAAUACCUUUUCACUGUUCAUCGUCUCUCGAAUCUCAUUCUCAGGCAACAAAGCAAAGAGCGAAAAAAAAAAAAUCUCUUUCGCACCAAAAAGGGGGGUGGAGAGACUGUUCUUGAGGAGCUUUAAUGGCGGAGAAACCCCAACCGGUGCGCGUUUUGUACUGUCCGGUCUGCAGUUUACCGGCGGAGUAUUGCGAAUUUGGACCCGAUUUCGAAAAAUGCAAGCCCUGGUUGAUCCAAAAUGCUCCCGACCUUUAUCCCGACCUCCUCAAAGAGGCCAAUGCCAAGGAAGCUGGUGAAGUUUCUAAUCAACUGCAGUCGACCAGUAUAUCAUCUGCUGCUGGCGAUGGAGCCGCCUCUUCAGCAUCUAAGCAAGAGGAAGUGAAACGUCUUCCUGGUGGCAAGAUAAAGAAAAAAGAUAAGCAAGAAGUUAUUAUUGAGAAGGUUACACGAAAUAAGAGAAAGUGCAUUACAACUGUAAAAGGGUUAGACCUAUUUGGAGUUAAACUAAGUGAUGCUUCGAAGAAACUUGGGAAAAAGUUUGCUACCGGUGCCUCUGUGGUUAAGGGGCCAACUGAGAAAGAGCAAAUUGAUGUUCAAGGGGACAUAUCCUAUGACAUUGUGGAUUUCAUCACCGAAACUUGGCCUGAUGUCCCAGAAACUGCAAUUUUCUUCAUCGAAGAUGGGAAAAAGGUUCCUGCUGCUUGACAACGAAAUCAUGGCAAACAAAUAAUAUGUGGACUUAUGUGCAUCCUUUUCUCCCUACUUGUGCGAGUCCUUUUAAGAUUCCACAAGUAAGUGGCCAUUACAGCUUUUUUUGUUAAAGUUCCAAAAACCUAUGUAUUGGAUCACGAGACUUUUUGUCCCGCUUUCUUCAAUCCUUGUAGCCUUUUCUUCAAUCCUUGUAGCCUUUUCUCAGGAGAUGAGCUUUAUUGAUUUUGGCCUUUUUUUAUCAAGAAAAGAAAAAGAAGAAAAAAAAAAAAAACUCAGUCAAACUCUGUUCUAACUUAUGGGUGUUUUGUAUAGAGGGCUAUAUCUCGAUAUUGUAUUUUUUUCCUACACUUUACAGAAAUAACUUCAGACACGUGUCUCUCCAUAUUUCCUCCCCA